UUAUUCUUGUGCUCAUCUAAAACCUGAAUCAUGAGUUUAGCAUGUCUUGUCUGUCAUAGCGGGGGCAGUCCAUCACAAUCUUUCAGAAGCCACUCCAUCUCAAGUUCAGAGGGCGAGGGGCGUUGUUCGGCAGUGGUCAGCUGCUUGACGCAGAAGGUAACCAUCGCUACCGGGCAUGGUGACAACACUGCAACAUCUAAGGUGGCUCCGUUCCCUGUCAUGGCAAGUGGUCAAGGUAUGGCACAAACACCUCGCCUUGAACGGAGCCGUGCUGUGACAAGGGACCUUGUUAGAGACUGGAAUUUUGAUGAAAUUCUUGUGGGGAGAUAGGAAAGUCAAUGCGAGCAGAAGGCCCUUUCUAGGGCAUUGGGUUGUGAUUCCUAUAAGAUUUUUGUGUAUAUUUUCUACCAUUCUCCUGCUGGCUUUUAUGUGUUCUCUGGUUAUGAUUGACAGACCGAGUAUUGGUACUCUUAGAAAUUGUACAUGCCCUGACAACAGGGACUUAAUCAUAGAAUGAUUUUUGCUAUUUAUGUUAAAUUUAGUAGCGCACGGCCAUUUGUCCAAGAACAGGGAACUCUUUGAAUCUCAUCUACUUGAUGAGUAA